AUGUAUAAAAAUCUACCUAAUUUUAAUCAUAAAAAUGCUUAUACAUAUACCUCAGGAUUUUUGUUAUUUGGAUCACUUUUACAAUCAUUUUCAUUAUAUUACUUUGUUGUUAUUGGGCGUAUUUUACUUGGUAUUGGAACAGGAAUAGGUUUUAUUAUAAUUGGAAUUACUAUAACACAAAUGACAAAUUAUGAAUCUAGACCAAAAAUUUUUCUUAUUCCAUCAAUUAUGUUUUCAUUAGAUGGAUAUAAAAAAAUUGAUAUGCUUCAUGAUUAUGAUGAUAAUAUAAGAAUAAUAACAUACUAUGAUAUUAAUAUACCUAAAAAUAUUUAUCAUUUUACAAUUCUUCUUGUUUUAUUAAAUGUCUCUGUUGGAGUUCCAAUAAUAAUGGCAUUUUCUAUUGAAAUAUUUAAAUUCUAUGGUUAUACAAUUGAAUCAGCUAUAGGUCUUUCUUUUUUUUAUCCAAUAAUUCAAAUAAUAUUUCUAUGCUUUAUAAAUAUAACAGGUAAAUCAUUUACCAGAUUUACAUUAAUUUAUAAAGGUUUUCUUCUUUCAUUUUCAUUGUUAUUUAUUAUAACAUCUUUACUAUUUAUACCAUCACCAACUAGUAGUCAUACAAAAACAUAUAUCCUUGGUACUUUAACGAUAUUACUUUCAAUGGUUUCAUCUAUACCAUGUUCAACAAUUCAUUGUAUAUACAUUGAAUUAUUUCAAUCAUCUAAUGAACAUAUUAAAAUUUCUUCAAUAGCAAGAGUUUAUCUUUGGAUUUUUUCUUUUAUUGCAACUUUUACCUUUCCUAUCCUGUUUUCAAAUUUUGGUCUUUUUAUUAUUUUUUUAAUCCAUCUUAUUAUUACUGGAAUUUUUAGUAAAGUAAAAAUGAUAUCAUAUUUUUCAAUUGUUCUUUUACUACAUUCUAUUAUCAAUAUUUUAUCAUUGAAUUCUGGUCAAGAAAAUGUUGAAAUAUUUUCUAAACCACCAUCUAAUUUACCAAUAAGUAAGGUAUUUAUUUUUGGAAAACCAUAUUAUAUACGUGAUAUGAAAGCAAAAAUUAGAAGUGAAUCUAAUGAUUUAAAUUCUCAAUCAUCUUUUAUAAAAAGUACACAUAGAUUUUCAAAUCAAGAACAUUUAAUGAGAGAUUAUAUUGUAAGAAAUCAUAUGGAUAGUUAUUCUUAUCCACAACCAUCUUAUCCUUCACCACAACCAUCUUAUCCAUCGCCACAACCAUCUUAUCCAUCGCCACAACAAUCUUAUCCAUCACCACAACAAUCUUAUCCAUCACCACAACCUUCUUAUCCAUCACCACCUGAAGCUGUUAUUAGAACUGAUUAUGAAAAAAAUAUUACAACAUAUCAUACAACACCAUCUUAUGCUAUUACAACAACUUCCUCAACAACUCCACCAUCACCAAAGAAGAAUAAUGAUUAUCCAUUAGAAUCAUGUUAUACAAAUAAAUCUGGAUUUAUGUGUUGUAAUGAAGAAUUGGAACAAUUAAUUUACAAAACUUUUAAUGAUUUACUUAAUUCUAAAGAUGGAAAAUGGAAUAAAUGUAAUAUUCAAGAGAUAGCAAAUAGAAUUCAAAAAAAUGCUCAACAAAAGUUUGAUUUGAAAUUUGAAAGUAUUGCUGGAAUUGGAGAUUUUGCCUCAAAAAGCAAUUUUUAUGGUGAUAAUAUUUGCAAAGUAGAAAUAUCUGGAAGAUAUAUGUUAGCUUAUGCCAGUCCAGUUCAAAAACCAAAAAUGUUUGAAAAUCCUGAUUCACUACCAUAUCAUAAAAUUAAAAUGUAA